AUGUCCUAUUUUUAUUUUCCAAGAGCCGCUGCAGCUACCAGAGCAGCCCUCAAUUGCUCACUUCGCAUUGGCGCCCGCAGCAUCACCGCCUCGGCCUGUCAACAUUUCCAGGCAACUAAGAGCAACCUCGAAGGCUCGCUACCAGAUUUUGAUCGUGCUGCGGAAAUUAAAUACAGCAAACCACCCAACCCAGCGUGGAAGAAGGGCGAUGGGGCUAACGACGCGGGAGCCUCGUUGGGGAAGAAUCACGUAGAGAUUGACCCCUAUGCAGAAGGCCGGUCGCUAUUCAGCAACUACAAACUCCUUGUCUCUGGGGUUGUGCCGCGGCCAGUGGCCUUUGUGAGCACCAGAUCGAAGGAUGGACAAUCGGUCAACCUGGCCCCUUUCAGCUACUUCCAGGUGAUCAACCACGACCCGCCGUUGUUUGUGGUCAGCUUCGUCGGCUCGGUCGAGAAGGCCAAGGACACGCUGCGGAAUCUGGUUGACACGGGCGAGUGUGUAAUCAAUAUUAUUUCGGAGCAUUUCCUCGACGCGGCCAACGCGACGGCUGCCCCUGUGCCGUACGGUGUGUCGGAGUUUGGCAUCGCGGGACUGCACCCGGCAGCGUGCUCGACGGUACAGGCGCCCCGUGUCCGGGAGUCAGUGUUUUCUAUUGAGGGCAAGCUCGUCGAGGUCAAGGAGUUUGAAAGUCGGGCUCAGCCGGGCAAGAAAACUUCGGUUCUCGCCAUCAUCGAGGGGACGCGAUUCUGGGCGCGCGAGGAUGCGAUCAACGAGGACCAGGAUGCGAUCAGUCUGGACGUCCUGCGACCGAUGAGCCGGUUAGGAGGCAUCCAGUAUGGUCGGACUAGAGAGAUAGUCGAAAUCGGGCGACCGGCUACCUGA